CAAGUAUAUAUAUAGGUGAUCGAAGUGGCUGGAUUCAAAGGUAAACUUGAUCUCCAUAUGAGCAGUAAAUGUCGACUAUAAUGAAGUUCUUCACACUUUUAUUGACAACUUGUCUGUGCGUCGUCAAGGGUCAAAUUUUCGGUCAGCCUUUUUUGCCAUACGGUAACGGCUACGUUAACCCUAAUUUUGGUCAUAAUAUUUUCCCCCGUCCAAGUUAUCCAUCGCUACCUCCUAGAGUGAUAAACCCAUUUUCAGUUCCUCGAUAUUCUUUACCGUAUACACCUUCACCCUACGUGCCUCAAUAUUUCCCAUUUUAUUAUCCUGCAAUUCCUGCAUAUUAUCCUGAUGGGUCCCAGUUUGGUGCGGGGAAGUUUCCGGUUACACCUGCCGACGCUUCGCAACCUACUACAGCGGUUAGCACUCCAGCCGGAAGUCCUAGUACUACUACCACCAAACCUGCAAUUAUCUCCGGAUCAAGCACCACUCACAAUCCUUCCACUUCCGUUACGGAACUACCAGUAACCGGUGACGAAGAUACCGUAUCCGUUGAAGCAGCACCGUAAUUGUUUCACUUGAUUUUAAUUUUAUUACUUACAUAUGUAGUUAUAGGUAACGUUAUUUGUUUGUGUUUGAUUAGAGCAAUUAAAUGUUGUAUUACGUAUAAAAUGGUUGGAUUAGUUAGGACUGUAGUCAGUUCCUUCUUUUCGUAAAAUUCAUUACAUUACACAAAACGAUUAUUAUUAAUACUCAUAGUACGGCUGUUCACACAUCAACAAAUAAAUGUUUUAGUUAGUG